AUGGAGGACUGCCUUCACACCUCCUCUGAAAACCUCUCCAAGCUGGUGAGCUGGGCCCACAGCCAUGGGACCAUCUGCAGCCUCAUCCCCAACCUCAAGCACCUCCUCUCCGAGGGGUCCCAUGGCAAUCUGACUGCCAUGUGGGGCUGUAGUGCCGGCCAUGCCUAUCACUGGCCCCUGGCUGCCACAUGCCGGGCUGGAUCCCAGGAGCGUGUCUGUUUCCAGGACAGCCGCAGCUUCAACUCGGACAGCCCCAGCAUGCUGGGGGUGCCCUCAGAGGUGCAGGCCAGCCCCCUGGAGCGCUACCCAGGCCGGCCGGGCAAGGCCAAGCUGGAUUGUACCCGCACCCGUGACUCCUGUGACUUCUCCUACUGCAGCGAGCCAUCAGAGCUGGGCGAGCCUGUGGAGGAGUAUGAGGAUGAGGCCACCCUCUUCGACAUGGUCUGUGAGUCCUCUGUCACCGAUGAGGACAGUGACUUUGAGCCGCACACCCAGCGGGCCCCUACUGGCCCCCGCAAGCGGACAGCUUCCAGCCAGCCCACUGCUGCCCAGGCCCAGCCUGCUGACGAGGGCGGUGGCGAGGUGCUCCUCAAGAAAAUCAAGCAGGAGCUCCCCGAGGACUACUACAUAGUGGCCAAUGCUGAGCUGACUGCUGGCACCGAUGGGCCAGCCCUGGCCCUUACACAGAUGUCCAAGCCCAAGCCUCAGACCCAGGCUGGGCCCUCCUGCCUGGGCCCUGCCAGGCCUCUGCCCCAGCCCACAUUGGGCCCCGACCCUGAUCCACAGCACCCCUCCACCUCCCCACCCUGCCCACCCCGGCUGGUUGCACAGAGGCCUCUCCGGGGCCCCUUGGCCUCCCCAGCACGGGGGGCAGGCAGUGGCCCCGUGGCUGCCCUGCAGGUGCCAGCCACCAGCUCCAAUACCACCACCGCAGCCUCCGGGAAGCCCAUCAGCAUCCCACUGUCAGCCCUGCAGCUGCCUGGUCAGGAGGAGCUGCCGGCCUCUGAGGACGCCCUCCCGCCUGCCCCACAGGCGGCCCCAGGUGGCGAGGUGGCCAGCUCGCUGUCGGUGAGUGCCGAGCCUGAGGUCAGCUCCAGCCAGCAGCAGCCCCCCACCAUCCCCACCACCACUCCCGAGGCAGCGGCACAGUCAAUGCCAGACCAGGAUGAGAGGGCAGCUGAGCUCAGCAGAGAGCAGAAUGAGAAGACCAUUCGCAGCACACAAACGGCUCUCCGCAAUUUCCGAGAGUUCCUUAUCUCCAAGUACCCCUCUGAGACACGGGAGAUCUAUGUCAUUCCAUGCAAAGAGCUUGAUGCCUACCUUGCUUCCUUCUUUGUGGAUGCCAGACAAAAGGAUGGUUCUGAAUAUGAGCCAAACAGCCUGGCCAACUACCAGUGUGGACUGGAGCGGUACCUCAAAGAGCACAGAUAUGGAUACAGUAUUACAAGGGAUAAAGAGUUCAAGAGGUCCCAGGAAGCUUUAAAGCAAAAGCAGAUAGAGCUGAGAUGUAAGGGGAAGGGAAACAAGCCACACAAAUCCAUGAAGCUCACCUUUGCCGAUGAGCUUAUCCUGCGCAAAAGAGGCUUAUUGAGCCGCUACAAUCCAGAAGGGCUGCUGAACCUUGUCUGGCUAAACAACACUAAGGCAUUUGGACACUGCACAGGUUUCCAUGGGUCUACCCUGAAGUGGGGAGACAUCCGGCUGCGGGUGACAGAGACUGGGUUGGAGUACCUGGAGUGGAUGGGGCCAGACAAUGGAGAUGUCAAUGCCAAGAGCAAGAGGGGUGGGACGGACUCCAGGGUGUAUGCCACCCAGCACUCCCCGCAAACCUGCCCUGUGCAAGACUACAAGGAGUACGCCCAGAGGCGGCCUCCAGCCAUGCGCUAUGAGGACGCGCCAUUUUACCUGUCCAUCAAACCCGUCGUGAACUUGGCUGCGCUUCACUGGUACAACUGCCAAGCCCUGGGAAAAAACAAGCUUGCCAAGAUGGUAAAGACAAUGUGCGAGAAAGGCAACAUCCCUGGCAGGAAGACCAACUUCAGCGUCUACCAGAGCUGUAGCACUCUCUCAGAAGCACAGAGCAACCAGCUGGUGCUGAUCUGCAAUAACCUGAGCCAGCAGGCUGCCCAGUCUGUGGCAAGCCACUCCAAUACUGGCAACUUCAUAGUGUCAGCAUCUUAUGACUCCUCCUCUGACACAGCUUGAAAGAGGGACAUCACCCUAACACUUCUUUCUUUUCUUUUUUGUUUCAAGCAUUGAGUUUGUGCCCAAUAAUACACAUCAGCUGUGAUUGUACAC